AUGUCCUACGGACUGCUAAUCAUUGGGUUCGCGUUUCUCGUGGGAAACGCCGGGACUGUAAUGCAGGCGUCGCUGGCUAUGAGCGGCGCUAUGAGUGACCCUAUAUUUGGCUUAUUUAUUGUCGGCUUAUUUCAUCCGUACGCCACCGCACCGGUAGCCAAAAUAGACUAUAAUAUAGGCGCAUUAAUAGGAUUUCUGAGUGGAUAUGGCGUUACCGUAGUCCUAGCUAUCGGUUCUCUGGUUAUUCCGCGACCGAAGGUAUCGUUACCGACCACUCUAGACCACUGUCCCCUAGAUGUCAUCCAAAGUGUGUUCACCCGAUUUGAAACACUGCCCAACUCUACGUACAUCCCGUCCUAUGAUAAUGUGGAAGGUUUGGGUCAAUUCUUUCACAUCUCAUACCUAUUGCUGUCAGCCCUUGGAUUCACGAUAUGUAUUGUGGUAUCAGUGGCGGCCAGUCUAUGCAUAGGCAAACAAAUCAAAACACUCGAUACAAAACUCAUGUCACCAGUCGUUAAAUAUAUAUUUCCCGGUAUUGGCGCCCAAAAUAAACAAAAAUCCAAUGAUAUCGAGACAAUAGAUGCUACGUAUGUGUCGGAGCCCAAGGUCUCAUUGAGUAGUUUUGUUUUGGACCGGUCUUUGAUGGUUGAGCUCAUGUCUCAAUUACAGGACAGUCUACUGUGA